GAAGCAACACUUGAGCACACACUCGCUUGUCACAGGAGUGAAGCAACACUUGAGCACACACUCGCUUGUCACAGGAGUGAAGCAACACUUGAGCACACACUCGCUUGUCACAGGAGUGAAGCAACACUUGAGCACACACUCGCUUGUCACAGGAGUGAAGCAACACUUGAGCACACACACUCGCUUGUCACAGGAGUGAAGCAACACUUGAGCACACACUCGCUUGUCACAGGAGUGAAGCAACACUUGAGCACACACACUCGCUUGUCACAGGAGUGAAGCAACACUUGAGCACACACACUCGCUUGUCACAGGAGUGAACUAAUACAAAAGCUCAGUGAAUUUUCCUGUAAAAACGAUAUCAACAAAUGAGUGGUUUACUGUCUCACAAAAACUCGGACAGCCGCGAGGAAUGAAGAAAAAAGAGACCCAUGAACAGAAGACACUUUUACUGUGAUAACGUUUCGCUCAAUUUAGAGCUUUAACAGGCCUUGUUUCGCUCUGGAAAGAGCUUUAUCUAGUCAUGUUUCACUGUGAAAAGCUUAAUGAAAGUCAUGUUUUGCUCAAUGUAUAGAGUCUUAUCGAUUUAGGUCUUCUGUGUAAGAGCUUAAUCAAGUCAUUACCAAAAAAAUGAUAUAUUUGUUUUUUCAAUUCUGUGGCACCCAAGUUUUCCAGAAUACUAAAUAAACCGAACUUCGUUAUUUGAUAAGGCUGAGAGACUCGCACUGACGCAACUUACUUAAAAACAAGGGACAAGGAAAGCAGAAAAUUCCGACAUUGAAUUCCAAAUUUAACAAGAACGAGGGAAUGCCAAGAGUGGGUCUUACGUAGGCGAGAAAGAGGGUGUGUUUGUGACUUCAGGCUUGUGUAGGCGUGCAACCUUCAAGGAUGUCACGAAAGAAGCCACAAGUGUUAAGACAGAUGAGGCUGGUGAUGGUGAUAAUAUUGCUUACGGCAUUAUUCUGCGCACUUUUUGCAAGCUUCUCGGAUCCUCUUCCAAAGCAGCUUUCACGAGGAGCGGAGGAGAUACUUAGAAUGAGAAAUGUCCUACACUCCAGGGUUCAGAGAGAUACUGCUCUGGGCCUGAUUAUUAACAUGACUGGUCCCUCUUGGCAAAUAUGGCGGAAUGAUGAGCCCAACAGUACUUGUUACAAUUAUAAAACCAGGUUCAGCACGGGUCUGCCACGCGUAUGGCUGGCGUCGUUUCCGUGCUCAGGCAACACCUGGACCAGGUACCUGCUGGAGGCUGCGACAGGCAUCUUCACAGGCUCCGUCUACAAUGACAGAGCCCUCCAAAGCGAAGGAUUUCUGGGAAACGCGGUUGCUGCCGACAGUGGAAGGACACUAGUGCAGAAAACCCACGGGAACGCCCUCUUCGGGCACAGGAGGGCGGACCUGCAGGAUCGCUAUGACAUCCUUGAGGCUCGCCUGCCCACCAUCCUGCUGCUCCGUCAUCCUGCUAAGGCCAUCAUCUCCUACUGGAAGCUACUAAGGACCAGAAGGAAGAAAUUAAGACACACAGCACAAGUUGCAAUUGAAGUGUUUCAGAGUGACAACUUCCACAGGUAUGUUAAUAAAGUCAUCGAACUUUGGGAAGAAUUUGCCACGGACCGCCUUUUAUGGUGCACAGGUCCUCUCUACGUUCUUCACUACGAACUUCUUGUUGUCGACCCCGAACACUACCUCCGUGACCUCCUGAACUUUCUCAGGGUUCCUGUGGACGAGGAUAGGCUCGCCUGCCUCCGCUCACACCUGGAUGGUCCUUUCAAGAGGAAGGGAAGUGUAGACUUCGAUCCUUUCACAGAGGAGGAGAAGAGGAGGAUGUCCACGGCCGUAGCCAGGGUCCAUCGUCUGUUGCUGCUCCUUGGAUAUCCAGGUCUUAUUACACCAACCACAUGAGACAUAACCAUGCCCGCAAAUAGAACCAGAGGACAGAGGAAAAAGAUCAGACCAAGGGCAGGUUAUCAGUGUAGUCGAGCCUAUGCAUAAACCCAUCCAAAGUUCUCGCUUCAGUGAUGCUACUUGGAAGUUUAUUACACUUGUCCUCAUCUCAAUAUCUCCUUUUAUUCCUAUUUACCAUAUCUACACUUAAAUCAUAUGCCCCUAAUGCCAAGUCUUUCCAAUAUUAGUAUGUUCAGCACCGACUACGAGAAACAUGCCCUGAGUUUGGGUCUCAAAUCGUUACGCUUGUUAUUAUGCUGUUGUUGUUCAUGGGAAAGCGAUAAAUCUACAAGGGUCAUACAACGUGUAACGUACCUAAGCACAAAUAAUUUUUGUCAAUAAAUUUGUCUUCUAAUAAAGCAUUG